ACUCACUUAAUCCGGAACGAUCUUCUGAGAUGUGGGCACUGGAGUCACACUGCCCGGGGACACCCCCAGAAACACUUAAAGAAGAAAGGCAGUCAGGAUGUGUUCCACCUACAAGUCUUGAGGGCAACAGUUUGAAGAAAAGCAAUUGGGGGUUCUUAUUUACUGGCAUUGUUGGGGGGACGCUGGUGGCCGUGUACGCCGUGGCCACACCGUUUAUAACACCAGCCCUCCGAAGAAUCUGUUUGCCUUUUGUACCUGCAACUGCAAAGCAGAUUGAAAAUGUUGUGAAAAUGUUGCGAUGCAGGAGAGGACCCCUGGUAGACAUCGGUAGCGGCGACGGGCGUAUCGUAAUAGCAGCUGCAAAGGAAGGAUUCACAGCUGUGGGUUAUGAAUUAAACCCCUGGCUCGUCUGGUACUCCAGAUACUGCGCUCGGCGGGAAGGGGUGCAGGCAUCGGCCAAGUUUUACGUCUCAGACUUGUGGAAGGUCACUUUUUCGCAGUACUCAAAUGUUGUUAUCUUUGGUGUGCCCCAGAUGAUGCCGCAGUUGGAGAAGAAGCUUGAGCUUGAACUUGAGGACGAGGCUAGAGUCAUUGCUUGCCGGUUCCCCUUCCCACACUGGACCCCGGCCCAGGUCACGGGGGAGGGGAUAGACACCGUGUGGGCCUACGAUGCCAGUUCUUUCAGGAGGAGUAAGAAAAGGCCCUGAAGAUCCGUGCAUUUCCAGUUGGUCAUUCAAAUAUAAACUUUAUCCAGAGAGUUUUCUGAAGUGUUGGGGGUCUUUGAUUUUAUAGAGACUUAAGACUGUGUCUUCAGCAAAGAGUAUAUUUUUCCUUGUUA